UGAUUCGUAUAUGUAUGUUGGAUUUCACUGUGUUGAAAAUGUGACUGUAAACCCCUUAGUCUGAUAGAAAAAGGCAGGAGUUUCUCCAUUAUAGUCUAUCAAGAAAUCGAGAGCUACAGUACACUGGACGCGUAGACCGUAUAAAAAUAGACUGGACGCCAUAUUGGUUUCUGCAACUUCUGUCACCUCCUGCCUCUCUAGUGCGCUCUAUGGCUCUAACCACUGAACAUUGGUUCUAGGGUUACACACAGGGAACUGCAGUAUUGGAACUUGACUGGACUGCGCACGAGCUGCUAUAAAACUCGACAAUUUCGUCUUCAAGCAAGGACCAUUAUACGCUCUGCCUUUGCAGGUGAGAACAUUCUAUGAUGGAUUACACAAAGGUGGAGCAGAGAUCACUGAGAAGGGAAGAGGAGAGGGUUGAGAGCAUAACUGGAUAUGGGUUGACCAGGGAGGAGAGAGACAUCCUUUCCAACAUAAAGGAGGAGAAGGAAGAGGAAAAUGAAGAUUGUUUAAGUAGGAUUGAAAGUGAGGUAAUAAAAAGUGAAGAUGGUGUGAAAGAUGAAGAGGUAAUACAACUCAGUGUGAAAGAAGAAAAAGAAAGUGAUGAAGAGAGUGAGAUUGAUGAAACCACUCAAACAGAAAUAAGGAUGAAGAACAACCUCUUCAGUACCUCUGGGGAAUCCUCCACUGAACCCUUUGUCAGAACCCACUGGAAUCAAAAUGAAGGGCAAUGUGAUGAGGAGUCAUCUCAGGUCUUUGCCUGCUUGCAGUGCCCAUUUGUUCACAUGGAAGAAGCGUCCCUGAACUGGCACAUUGAGAAGGUUCACCCAGAGGAGUACAGCAGGAUUCUGAGCUCUGGAAGAACUAGAGCAGAGAACAUGCUGCCUCCCAGGAGUAGCACCUAUCAGCAACCCACAGCCCACAAGACAACCCCCACCCCAAAACCUUCCCACACAGGCACUACAGGGGCUCAUACAUGCUUCAUGUGUGGGAAGAGUUUCAAGUAUGCAUCCAAUCUGAUAACACACCAGCGAAUUCACACAGGGGAGUGUCCAUACCCCUGCUCCCAAUGUGGAAAGAGUUUCACUUCUGCAUCAGAUCUGAAAAAACAUGAAAGAAUUCAUACAGGUGAGCGCCCAUACCCCUGCUCCCGGUGUGGGAAAAGUUUCACAUCUGCAUCAGAUUUGAAAAAACAUGAGCGAAUUCAUACAGGGGAGCGCCCAUAUACUUGCUCCCACUGUGGAAAGAGUUUCACAUCAGCAUCAGAUCUGAAAACGCAUCAGCGAAUUCACACGGGUGAACGCCCAUACCCAUGCUCCCAGUGUGGAAAUAGUUUCAUUUCUGCAUCAGUUUUGAAAAAACAUCAGCGUGCACAUUCAGGGGAACGUCCAUACCACUGCUCCUAUUGUGGGAAGACAUUUGUAACUGCGUCGCACCUGACAAUACACCAACGAAUUCAUACAGGGGAGCGCCCAUUCCCCUGCUCUCAGUGUGGGAAGAGUUUCAGAUGUGCGUCAAACUUGAGAAAGCACCAGCGAACUCAUACAGGGGAGCACUCCUUGAACUGCCCAGUGUGUGGGAAGAGUUUCAUUUAUCAAUCAGAUCUGACAAAACACCUGCCAACACAUACAGGGGAGCGUCAAUACCACUGCUCCCAGUGUGGCAAGAGUUUUGUAUAUCAGUCAGACUUGACAGUGCACAAGCGACUGCAUACAGGGGAGUCCCCAUACCAGUGCUCCCAAUGUGGAAAGCGUUUCAGAUGUGCAUCAAACCUGACAACACAUCAGCGAACACAUACAGGGGAGCGCCCAUACCAGUGUUCCCAGUGUGGGAAGUGCUUUGGUCAAAUAGGUAAUUUAAGAAAACAUCAACAAACUCAUAUAGAGGAGCGCCCAUACCACUGCUCAAAAUGUGGGAAAGAUUUUGUUUCUGCGUCAAAACUAACAGCGCAUGAACGAUUUCAUACAGGGGAGCGUCCACACCAAUGUUCCCAAUGUGGGAAAGGGUUCAUGUAUCAAUCAGAGCUGACAAAACACCAGCGGAUACAUACUGGGGAGCGUCCAUUCCAUUGCUCCCUAUGCGGGAAGAGUUUUGGUCAGUCAAACACUCUGAGAGUACACAUGCGAAUUCACAAAGAGUAGGGACCAUUCAAGUUGCAAAAUAUUAUGAUUGGGUGUUCCAUUUUAAAAAACUUUUUUAUUGCUUUGUUUUGAUAUUCUUAUGGAUCUGGAUUCCUGGCCACAUUUGGUGCUGGAUUCAGUCCUCCUUACUUUUCCCUCAUGGUUUUCUUCAGGGCUGGAAUUUCAGAUUAGGAUUUCAGGAAAUUGUACAUACUGUUUUGAACAAUCCUGCUCAUCAUUUAAAGUGAGAAAAUCCUGCUGUUUAUUCAGGCUGCAAAAUACUGCAGUUUUGUUUCAGAAUUGGUCUCCAUUAAAAAUGAAAAACUUCAGUUCUCUGGUGUAUUUGGAUCUUCUGUGUCAGUCUUCAGUUGAAAAGAAAUGAGCUUCUCCAAAUGCAGUUCACAUGUGAAGUUUGAAAUGAUGGCUAAGUUUACAUGAUGCCAUGCUGUCAACACCAACAGUAGCACAGUCCCAUAAGGAUAAACAGCUGAUUGAGCUAGAAGAAAUAUUGCAAAUAGGAGGAAAAUAUUUUUAACUGCCUCUAAAAUUCAAACUGCACACUCAAAAAUCAUAAGGACUUACAUUUUGGUGUGAAUGUGAGUUACUUUAUUGAUUUCUAUGUUCAAAUUAUCACCAAUGUAAAGUAAACUGUUUAGAUGAAAAUAAAUAAAUAUAAAUAUAAAUAAAAAAAGUUUAUCUUAAAUAAUUUAAAGUUUAUUUGCAAUGUGUAAUUAAGAAGGAUCACAGGCAGUGAAUAGACCUGUUGUACAGCAUCCAUUUUAUACUUUGCACCAGUGCUCACUCUGUGAGAUGGAGUCGUGGCAAGUUGGGGGGUAAAGUAGGCACACACAACUGGGCUGAUUUAUUAAGGGGACCCAAGUGUGUCUGCCUCCUUAACCUGUAGAUGUGGCCCCAGAUUGCCCUGAUUCUCUCUCCUGAAGCGAGUCCUGCCACACACCUAUAACACAUGUAUGCUGUUUCUGUCUCUCUCUCUGGCUGGUUUAUAUUUGUAAAUAGAUGUGGGUUCUUUGUGUGUAUGUUUGCGUGUAUAUGAUUUGUAGCUGUCAGACCAUGCAGAGUGUGUGUAACACUAAUACAUUUUUUAUUACAAGGUCUCCCUUAUAAACCUGUAGGGGGAAUACCUCUACUAAUUAUAGAAUAGUGAGGAUAGAUAAUCAAAAUGUGUCUGUUUUUAAUAAAAAUAUAUUCUCAGUUUCAUAAUCAGUCUCAAAAAAUAGAAUUUAUUAAACACAUCUAACCUAAAAUCUUAAAAGGCUAAAUAAGUGAGCAGAUGGAAAGGGGACUAGAGUGCUGCGUGUGUAGUCAUGUGUUCACCAAAGUCUCCUUUGAUGGAACGAAUUAUGAAUCGCUUUUUAUCAUGUGAAGCUAACAUGGCUACAGGCAGCUACUGAGGUUAGCUACAUCUAGUUAAUCCCAGUCCACAUGGCCAUCCUAAAUAUACUGUACAAGACCAUAUCUCUAAAGAGUAUAUUAGUACCGGGGAUUUCACAUCCACAGGUCUUGGUUCAAAGAAAGGUGGAGUGCAAGCUAAUGUUAGUAACAGAGUAUGUAUGUUAGCUAGCUAUGUGGGGCUACUUGGCUGUAGCUAACUAAAAAGCCAUGUGAUAUAAUCUAAACGCAACAUUACAUAAAAUUGAUAACAUACUUUUUUGGAAACAAAAACAAGCUCCCUAAUGCCAAGCACACACUACAUGACUGUCAAAGUCGUCAGAUCGCUGUACUGUUCACACCACAAGACAGAAAGUUGUGGUGUGAACAGUACAGCGAUCUGACGACUUUGACAGUCAUGUAGUGUGUGCUUGGCAUUAGGGAGCUUGUUUUUGUUUCCAAAAAAGUAUGUUAUCAAUUUUAUGUAAUCAAUUUUAUGUUGGCACACUAGCUAGCUAGUGUGCCAACCAGAACGACUUCAAGAUUCCCACACUACAUGACUGAUCGGUGACAGGGGGUCACACAUUACAAGAUCUUUCGCCAGGAGGAAUUCCCGGCUGCGUCCAAAUAGUCUUUUUUGCUUAGGGAGGUUCCUAACUGAGUGAAAUGACCCGGAAGUAUCUAAGUGGCAGCCAUGAUAAGAGCUGUUAGAAUUCUCUAAAUGCUAAGGAAAGGUGCUUCAAUGCUUCCUUUCUUAUCUCCUUUAGCAUAGGGUACAUUGGACCAUCCUUUAUGAAAGAAAAGGAGAUAAUGCCAUCCCACAAUUCCUUACGGCAGCAACAUUUAAAGCGAAGCACCAUUCGGCCGUUCACGAAAACAAACGGUCAACAUGACUGAGUUGUGUCGUGGUUCUUAAGCUAUUAUAUGCAUAGGCUUAUAAUCAGAUCAUAAUCAGCAUAUUUACCAUAACACGGAAGUCUGUCUUUCAAGAAAAAGGGAUAUGAGAUGUUUUUAGCCAGAUUAUGUUUUUAAUUCAACAUGUUUGAAACUUAAAAACGAUGAUAUGUACAGUAGUAAAUUUGUAGGCCUAACCUAUGCCUAUCUUGCAUUAAAUUUAAUGAAUUAUUUUCAUACAAUCAUACUAAUUGGGAUUCAUGUCGAUAAAUAUGAGUGGACAGGAGGGUGAGCAUGACCAACCAUUCUCAAUGUGACAACCAUUUCGUUUCACUUUUUUGACUGGUAGCCUAAAUUCCUUUUUUAUUUCAAUUCCAACCUUGGUACUGAAGUAAUAUUUUUCACCAGGUUUUCUACAUUUAUAUAGCCUGCAUGAAACAACACGGUAAGAACGCACGGGGCAAAGUAUCUAAGAUGCGCUUUUAGUAGUCCAUCUUCGGAACAUUGUAGUUUCACCACGGCAGACGCACGUCAAUAACAUCCACCGUCGCAUAAUUACGUAGCCUAGUGUAAGUGCAGUCGAAUUCUCUUAGCACCGCGGGUGUCUUUUCCUAAGGUCAAGGAAAAGUGGUUAGGAAAAGACAUAGGACGUUUUUUUUUUUUUUAACUAUUCGGACACAGCCAGGAUUUUUUUCUUCCAAAAAUGGAUAUCCACAAGAAAAGAGCGAUCCAAGUUGUUUGUGCGCUGAUUUGCAGCGAAAAAACCAGGAAGAGAAAGGAAAGAAUAUAGGUGAGAGAAUGGAUUGGGAUAUGCGGGCAGCAAGGAUUGUCUGUUCUGCAGAGAGAGUUGGAGGUAAAUAAAACCAUGUAUAAAAUAAAACCAUAAAUUAAUUAACUAAAAUAAAUAAUAAAUAAAUAAAGCCAUAAUGUAGCCAUGCUUGUUGAUGUUGUCGUGUUGCAAGUGUUACUCCUCCCCCAGUUUUCCCCUCACCCCAGGUCUUGCGCUCUCAUUGGCUAUAGCUCGUAGCCGCCCUCCUUGCCAGUUACGACACUUCACACAACAGGAUUUGGACUCCCCGACAGGUCCGGAUCCAGAUAUUUAGCCUGCUUGAUACCUUUCAGUCGUCUGCGAUGCAUCGGCGAGUCUCUCGGAUUGCGUCUUUGAACAGUUUACACAUAGCGAUCGAGCGCCGAUUUGCGAGCGCCAAGCGAGCGCCGAUUUGCCUCUGAUCUGGGACCUUUGUUGGCGAUCUCCAAAAACUGUCGGCGAGCGGAAAAUCAGGGCUACAAUAGUGUAGUGUGAACUCGGCAUAAGCUAAUGGCUGGAUGUUUGUCAGUCUUACUGCUGCAGUGCAGAUGAGUCUGCAUGGUGGGUCCCAUGGCUUUUUUGGUCCAAGGAAACUGGCUUGGCCACUGUCUCUGGAUUUAUGUUGUGCUGUCUGUCGAAGCUGGUAUUUCCUUGUUGCUGGUAUCUUAAAGGGAGUCUGGAAUUUGGAAGUUGUGCUGGUUUGCUUUUGCAGGAAGGUACAUAGGCUAGAUGCAAUUACUUGUUGCUAUGUUGAAGAAUGCUAACAACAUGUAAAGUUAGUAAAUAAACUGAUCUUGUGGUGGAUCAGUUCCUUUAGCUUACUUGCAGGAUAAUUAACAAGUUUACUUGGAGAUAGUACCAUGGGUUGUGGCUAUAACCCAAGAGAGAGUGUGUCUGUCAUGUUCUUUUGCCGGUAAGUAUUUGUUGCUGUUCUCUCAUGUGAUCUCCAGACGCCUGGAGGACGUGCACCUCGGCCUAGUGAACCCCACUGGGAUUAGACCUAGAAGAGUCCGUAGAAACCGAGCUUUGUGCACGUCUCUUCUAGACAGCGUGUCAAGCAGCUAAGAGGAGAGCAGCAAAGGGGUAUCCAGAGAUGCCUACCAAAGCCAGAGUUUCUUUGGACACAGGUGGACACAUCUGCACUCCAGCAGGAAGACUGACAAUCAUCCACACAUUUUUAGCUGAGGAAAACUUGUUUGUUUCUUAAAUGCACUGAAGUAUGGUAUUGAUCAUUUAGAUUGUAUCACAUCGCUUGUACUUAGCCACAGCCACCUAGCUCUACAUAGCUAACGUAGAUACUUUCUUACUAACAUUAGCUUACAAUUCCAUUUCCAUUUUACUUUAACCAAGAUCUGUGCUUCCGAUUUUCCCUGCACUGAUAUCUAACUGAACUUAUUGGAUAUAUGGUCUCGUGUGUUUAGAAUGGCAAGGUGCACUGGGAGUAGGUAGACUUAGCUACCUAACUCCAGUGGCCCUCUGUAGCCAUGUCAGCAUCACAUGCUAAAAUCAUACUUUGCUCCAUCAGAGGACCUUUUGUUCUCCCCUGCACCAUGUAUGCUGUUGAUCACACACAUGACUAGACACACACAUGCAACACUCUAGUCCCCCUUUCCAUAUCCUCCCUUAUUUAGCCUUUCAGGAUUUUAAUUUAGAUGUGUUUGUUUAAUAAAUUCUACUCUAAACCUUGUUGUCAGUCUGAUUGUUAUUUGUAUAAAUGUUUAGAGCCUGCCAUCUCAAAGGACUUACACAUAUUACAUUAUUGAUUAUUAAUUUAGCUAAUAUUUAAUGUUGAAAUUUGUAAUCAUGAUUUAACAAUCGAUUAUGGGGCUGAUUAUACUUUUGCACCAUUUGAUCAUUGAAUGUGGUAAUAUAUAUUUAUUUCCCCUUACAUUUUGGUGCCCCGUGUGAGGAUUGCUACAAUGGACAUGAUUUAAUUAUUUUUCCUCACUAUUUGAUCAUUUGUAGAGGUAUUUCCUACUACAAAGCAAAGGUUUAGAUUCUGUAAGGUUAUCUAUGUUUUAAGUAUAUUGCCAUUGGGAAAGAUUAAUCCAAUGUAUUUUAAUAGUUUGAUAUGUUGUACCAUGUGCUUCCUUUUCACAAAUUCUCCCUUUGCUUUAUGACUGGAAAUAAAUAUUGCUCUGCUCACCCAUUCCAA